ACAACACGCCCACACGGCAACAAGGCCCGCCCCUUCGGCGCCGCGACCCAUCUCCUCCGCACUCGCUCCCCCAGCGCCCGCCGCCGUUUUCCACGCUCCCCUGCCCAGCUGCAGCUCGAAUCCGGCUGGUGCGGCAGCACCCUCCCUUCACACGACUUCUCUGUUCUUUCUCCCGGCUUCGGUCUUCCUUUCCUAGCGGCGACGACAGGGCGAGUUGCGCUGUCCGUUGUUCGUCGAGCGACGGGCGCUUAGAUAACCAACCCUACCGCAUUGUCUUCGCCGGCGACGAACAUCCGACAGGGGGUGAUUCAUCGAGAAGAAUCGCUGCACGUGCAUGUUUGCACUAAUCACCUUCAAAAUGAUCUCUGCUUCUGAAGGUCUAGCUGUGGAUGCAGUUCCCCUUUGGCUGCUAGUGAUAUUGUUGACGUGGACAUGACGUUGCCAUAGGCUCUAUUUGCACCUGAGAAGUGAACCGAUUCAAGGUGUCCAUAUACUCUUUGGAUGGUUUAAGAAAGGGCCUGGAAGCCUUGUGUGGAUAACAUUUUGUGUUAAGGCUAUUGAUCUUGGGAGCACAAUGGAGUGCAACAGAGAAGAGGCCUUGAAGGCCAGGGAAAUUGCUAUUAAGAAGUUGGAAAACAAAGAUUUUGUUGGUGCUAAAAGGAUUGCCCUUAAAGCACAGAGAAUUUUUCCAGAGCUCGAGAACAUACCUCAGCUGUUAACUGUUUGUGAAGUACAUUGUGCAGCAGAAGCAAAGAUAAACGGAAUGUUAGACCUCUAUGGAAUUCUCCAAGUGGAAGGGACAGCGGAUGAGAUGACCAUAAAGAAGCAAUAUCGUAAGCUUGUCCUCUCACUUCACCCUGAUAAAAACAGUUAUGUUGGUGCAGAAUCGGCUUUCAAGUUUGUUGCAGAAGCAUACUCAACAUUGUCUGAUAGAGCAAAACGAUAUGCAUAUGACAUCAAAUGGAGGGUUGCUUCUAAAGCUGCACCAAAGCAGGCUACACAACCGACACAGGCUGCAGAACCAACAUGGGCUACAAAACCGAAACAGUCGGCAAAACCAAAGCAGGCUGCAAAACCAAAGCAGGCUGCGAAACCAAAAUCGGCUACACAACCUAAUCUGUCUGAGGAACCAAAACAUGCUACACAGCCAAUGCAGGCUACAGAACCAAAGCAGACCAAUCAGCCGAAGCAGGCUACAGAACCAAAGCAGACCAAUCAGCCGAAGCAGGCUACAGAACCAAUGAAGACUACAGAGCCGAUUAACAAAAAUGAUGCAACUAGAAGUUGCGCGGCAGGAUAUGGACCAUCAGAUUCACCUCCCACUGAUGGGGAGACAUUCUGGACUGUGUGCAUCCACUGUAAAACAAAAUAUAAGUACUACAGGAACAUACUGAAUCGUCAGAUCCGCUGUCAGAACUGCAGGCAGAAUUUUUUUGCAUACAACAUAAGUAAAGAGGAUGUGCCUCCUGUAUUCUCAUCGAAAGCAGCCAAUGGUGCUGGGCAACAGGGCUGUGUUCCCACUCAACAAGGCUGUUCUACAAAUUUAUCAUCUAGAGAGAACCAACAGGCAAGGCCUGUGAUGGAUGGAGCACAAUAUGGUGAACAAAUGAAGAGGGGUUCAAAACCAAGUGGUGAGGGUAUGGUUAAUCAUACAGAGACAAGUGAAAAAGGGGGAGUUGAAUUUUCUGCAAGGAAUCCACCUAAAGCAUCUACACCAAAUGGAAAUGGUAUGGCAUCUGACACUACUGUACCAGAUUUUGGUGAUGGGCAAAACCUAGGUAGUGGGGUGGAUACAUCAGCAGAGCCAGGUGCUGCAGGGAUCCCUAGUCCACGGAGAUCUUCUAGGAGAAAGGCAUUUGUUGAUGCCAACAACAUCCUGAAUUCUCCAAAGAAAAAGAGUCGGACAAUAAAAGAUUGGUUCUCAAAUGCUGCCCCCAGUUCUAAUAAAGUGUUUCAUGAUACUAUUGCCCAUGCUGAUGGACCGGCUAGUGAACCUCAUGUCUCCAGCAAAGCAAAUAACCAAGAGAAAGGUUGUACUGUCAAUGAAAGCAAUCAAAGGAAUUGCAAAGAAGCUCAUGAUACAACUACUGAGAAGCCUUGCAAUGCUGGGAGCUUCAUGUACCCUGACCCAGAAUUUUAUAACUUUGAUAUGCGCAGGGAUGUCAAUCUGUUUGCAGUUGAUCAGAUAUGGGCACUUUAUGAUGAUCAUGAUGCCAUGCCAAGAUAUUAUGCUAGAAUAAGACGUCUUGAUACUACCAACUUCAGAGUUCAGUUCACUUGGCUGGAGCAUGAUGCUGUGAAUGAUGAGGAGUACGAAUGGACUGAUAAUAACCUGCCUGUCGCUUGUGGGAACUAUACCCUAGGAAACACAGAGGUGUCAGAAGAUCCCCUCAUGUUUUCUCACAUUGUUUCAUCAUGGGCGAAAGGCAAAAAAAGGGGUUCUUAUGUAAUACAUCCAAGUAAAGGUGAGGUAUGGGCUCUUUAUAAGGGCUGGAGUAUGCAGUGGACCUCAGAUGCAGAUAAUCAUAGAUCCUAUGAGUAUGAAGUUGUCGAGGUCCUUUCAAACUUCACAAUGGAAGCUGGUAUCACUGUUAUCCCCUUGGUCAAAGUUGAAGGUUUUGUGAGUCUUUUUGCAAAAGCAAAGGACAAAUCAUCAUUUGUUAUACCAUCCAGCGAACUACUUCGAUUUUCUCACAGCAUCCCAUUUUUCAGAACAAGGGGAAAUGAGAAGGUUGGCGUCCCAUCUGGAUUUCUUGAACUAGAUGCUGUGUCACUUCCUAGUAACCUGGAUGUAGCAUUUCCACCAGUUACUCUUGAUUCUUGUGUGCCUAUCAACAGUACAAUGGACAGUGGGUUUGUUGACUUGACUGGUGAUACUACACCUGGCCCUGAAAAUGAACAAAGUGCUCAAAAGGGUAAUAAGAGAAAUGGAGAAAGGCAGAGAAAUCAUUCCCUUGAAACUCCUGCUCAGCGGCCUAAUGCUGAUCAUGUUAGUGUGUCUGGUGAUUCCACUCAGCAAGGCUGUCCCUCUCCCACGAUAUUCACAUAUCCAGAAACAGUAUUCUACAACUUUGAAGAAGGCCGUUCAUAUAAUAAGUUUGAACGAGGCCAGAUAUGGGCUCUUUACAGUGAUUUUGAUAAACUUCCCAAGUACUAUGGUUGGGUUACCAAAGUUGAUCUAGAUCCAUUCAGAGUGCAUCUGACUUGGCUGGAAGCUAGCCCUCAAUCAGAACAGGAGAAUAUGUGGUUGGAGCAUGACGUACCUGUGAGCUGUGGGACAUUUAAAAUCCGCAACUGGAGGAUCAAGUACAACACGACUGAUCCAUUCUCUCAUGUAGUAGAUACUCAAGUUGGUUCAAAACGGCACUUUGAAAUUCACCCACAAGUAGGGGAGAUUUGGGCGAUCUACUACAAUUGGUUACCUGGCUGGGUUCCUUCCAGCAAGGAUGCUUGUGAAUAUGCCAUUGGUGAGAUUACUGAGCGCACUGAAGCUAGCACAAAAGUCCUAUUUCUCACUCAAGUUGAUGGCUACAGAACUAUAUUCAAGCCAGACAAUGAGAGGAGUAUCCUUGAUGUGCCUACAAAAGAUGACAUGCGGUUUUCUCAUCGGAUACCUUCUUUCCAUCUGACGAAAGAAAAGGGUGGCAAGCUCUGUGGCUUCUAUGAGCUGGAUCCAGCUUCUAUUCCUGAUCCUUUCCUCUCCGGGGGCACCCUCUGACUUGCAGAAGCUCAAUUCGACUGCCCUGAAGAAACUAAGAUUAAUUAGUCCCAGUUAACUGAAGUGGGCGAUCAGUUCUAUUGUAUAUGUUUAUGGACGUUCAUGCGCCAGGCAACUGUGAUUUUGGGCGAAACCUUGCUAUAUGUUCCAGUUCAUAGGCCUUGGCUUCAUCUUACACCGAGCUGACCGUAAAAUUUUCGUCUAAUGUUGAUGCCUGUGAAACUGUAACCAAUCUGUUGGUAGUAUCUUGCCUGCAAGCGAGAGCACAUGGCCCCUCUAUUAUCAGCUGCGAAACAGCGCCGCGUAAUUUAUGCUGUUUCUCAAA